AUGGAUCGAUUCUAUCGAUCAUUUGGGCUCAAUAGGGGGAAAAUCCUUUCCAGACAGGGACAGUGGAUCAUUACAGAAUUCUUUCCUGAUACUCCAAUCAAGAUGUUAAAAGAGGUUUUUGAAGCCUUGAAGUUAUAUGACCUUGUAGAGGUGUUGGAGAGAGUGACAAAGCCACGCACACUUCAUCCUGCUCUUUCGCUAAAAGAAAUAGAGACUUUACAAGAUGCCAGUGAUCGCCCUACAAAAUUUUACAGUAAAGCAGAGGUUUUAAUAAUCCAUAACGAUGAAAUUGUUGCAGGCAAUAAUGCUGAAAAAAUUGGUACUUUUUUUAAAGCUCUGAAUUCACAGACCCAGGUAACUUCAUUAAGUAUGGAGCCUCGAAAGAAACUUCUUGAUGAACUUGAUUGGUUGAGACAGGAAACUCAAACUGGGAUUGAGCAGGAGAGUACCCUUGAUUUUCACAAAGGUACUCACAAUUUUCCAAAUUUUCCCUUCGCCCCCUCCCAACAGCAAAGUCCCGAAUCUGUGCCAUGAUUAAAGAGUAGGUUAGUUUACAAGUGUAAGCGUUUUACUGUAUAUGAAGUGCCGUAAGUAAGAUGUAAGAUUCUUUGUCACUUCUUUGGGUUCAUUGACUGAAGCACGAAUCGCUUAUAAAUUAAGUAAACAAGCUGUUUGGUGCAUGUUUUUGACCAACAGAAGCAACCUACGCUGAUGUAAUCGUCCCCUACUUUAUCUCAGGGCUUCCAAGUCAGGCCGAAGAGAAAACAAUGCGUUCACUAUCCAGUCGCAACUUGCUAUCUGCCUACUAUUUUCCCACCUUUUCUAUAAAUCAAGAGCCAUGAUAAAUAUAUUCGGUAUAAUAUAUAUAGAUUCGGUCUUAACCAAUGAAUCACGUCGCUACUCUGGAAAUCGACAUUCGGGUGUGGAAAAAAACGGUUUGUUGUUCAAGAAAAAAUACAUUUAAAAGAAACAAACAAGGCUAAAUUAAGUGUUUCUUAAAAUAAUUAAUUAUCUUUCAUUUAUUUGCUUUCUAUUAUUAUUUACUUUUUUAUUUAUUGUCUUAUUAAAUUUUUUUUUUCCCUCGACAUUUUCAGAUACGAAAAAGUUUACAAGUGAACGAGUCCCUGCUAAAGGUCUCCCCGACCUUAGCGCACUAAAAUAUGUCUUCUCUUCUGGGCACAAAACAGAAAGGGACCUGGACGAAGAAAGAGAGCAGAGGAUGAACAAAAAAAACACGAAAAUGAUGCAGAUAAAAGAGAAGGAGGAAGAACUAAAGAAGAUAGAAGAGGAGUAUGUAAUGGCCCUUUCAACCGCUAUCGACAAGUGGGUAGAACAUGCAAAUGAUGAAGGUUGGUUGACAUCCUUUGUUUAAUACUACAACUUUGAUGUUCAUUUGUUCUCUUUCAUUAUUAUUAUAAACUCCGUUUCAGUCUUGUUAAGUUCAGUAUCAGAAGCGGAUGUAAGGGGUUUUUGGAGUCGGUAGGGAAACUGUCAAAGGCGGAAGAGCUAUUAUAUGGCCGCUUAGUUUUUCUUCGCUCAAGUCGGCUUAGGACAUUUAAAGCCCUUUUAUUGUUGAAGUCAUCAAGCCUUGGAUUUUUACUAUGAACUUUGCUGCAAACAUAAAACAGCUUUUCAUGUCCGAAAAGUUGUUGAGACUUUCAACUACGAUGGCUGUGCCGCCCGGAAAUCACAUACCCCUAGGAAAUUGGGGAUUCUUGCUGACGUCAGCAUUUUUGGUAACCGGUUUUGGGCGGUCAUUUUCGCUAAUUAAUUGGUAAAACCGAAUUAUACUUAAAGACAAAACGCUAUAGUAUAUUAUGAGCACAAAAGUUAUAGAUCAGUUUAAUGGCACCGAGGUGCAAGUCAAGCUAUCUUCGGCCACGGACGCGGCUAAAGUUAUUAUCGACGAAUACGAUCACCACAACUUGUACCACAUGAAGCAGCCGAUCAGGUAGUCAUUUUUGACGAAGUAAGAGAGAUCGAUAUGGGAGAACAAGAAGUGGUAAAACAUGAAGUUGCAAUAGUUAAUACCAUUGAGAUUUGCGAAUUUUAUGAAGAAGAUGAGGAAGAAGAAUUGGUACAGUGAGGAAAUACAUUAGUUGAUUACCUUGAAUGUGACGAUGAUGAAGUUGAUGAAGAUGAUUAUGACCCAAGUAAAUAUAGAAGGGAAGUUUAUGAAAAACAAUUUGACGAACUUGACAUGGAAGCAACGGAGGAAUGUGAAAGAAGUUACGAAGAUUUCAGGUUUAAUAAAAGAACACCAGGCAGUUUAAUCAGAAAAAUCGAUAAUUAUGAACAAACCUUACGACGAAAGCUUGGUCAUUUACAAAAUUGCCUUAUCAUACAAUCAAAGUGUUAUGUUUUAUUUUUAAUCUGCAGUUAUUACGUGAUACACUACUAAAAAGGCGAAGAAUUAAAUUCAAUAAUGUCAACAUUUAUGAAGCAAUAGCUGAUGCCCAAUAUGAACUUUAUCAAAUAAUACGACAUGAUUAACCGGUUAGUUGUUGCAAUAAAUGGGUGGUACAUUUUUGAGUUGGGUUGGGUCAAACAUGUUUGGAUCUAUUUUGAUAGAUGGUGAUGGAAUUUUUGGAGUUUUCUUGGUGUUUGGUGCAGCAAUGUUUAAAUUUUUAGCAUUUUGGGGUAAAGCCAAAGUAGCUAACUGUUUCAAUGGUAAUGGGGUUUGUUUGGGUUUAGUACUAUCUUAUUGAGGGGUUACGUUUAGUCCCUUUAAAUGAGGAAACAAAUAAUGGUAAGCGAUAAUUAGUUCUAUGAUCUGGUCUCUUUUCAUUCUAGUAACAGCAAACGUAUCAGCUUUCAUCUUUUCUAUUUUUUUUUUUAGUUGCUUCAAGGUAAAUGUAUUGAGAUUCUUACGAAGUUGCAUCAAUUGGAGUUGUUUUUGGCGUUCUUGUUCUUUCAAAUAUUGUUUCAUAAUUUGGUUAGCUUCUACAGUAUUCAUAUACCAAUUAGUUCGGCAAAUCGUAAAAUUGGCAAUAUGAUCAAUACCAAUAAUAAUGUUACCCAUACAAUCAUCACACAAGAAGAGUCCAUCAAGUAGUUCAAAACAUGUUGCUACUUUUUUACAAUGUUCGCAAAUCCCCACCCCUUGCCCGCACUCCCCUCUCACGGGGUUUACAUUGAUAGGGGCAUAACGAACCGUUACCCCAACAAAUUAGCUCUUUAUGCGCUUGUGAUACAUGAUCUUUCAAAGCUUUUCUUGAAUUGCUAUAACCGAGGAUCUCAGCAAUACCCUUUCCUCGAAACCAAACAUUUUGCUUACUAUCAAUAUAUGAUGUCAGCUCAAUUUCUAAAUCUUCAUUAGCAAACUUUUUUUCAGUCAUAAAUACCAUUAUUAUAGUAGGUUACAUAAUUUUCUAUCAUACAGACCAAUAAAAAUGGUAUUUAUGAUAGAUUAAAAAGUAUGCUGGGCCUGAGGUGCCGUUUCAGCACCUUAGGUCUGAUGCCCCAUUUGAAGGAUCAAUAAAAUAGGUCACGGACGGACCGCGUGUUUUACGCUGUUGACCCGGCGUUUAAGCGGGGCAGCUGGCGCUCCUUUUUGGGUACGCCAACGAAUUAAUUAUUUGUUGUUAUCCCUACACUUUCUCCUCCUCCUUUUCCGUUCCAAAGAUCGCUUUAAGGACGCCGGUUAAUGAGAUUUCUGCUGUUUCCAGUUUUUUGGAGAUUAAUUUCUUGUGGUGUAAUGUCGCAAUCUCUUCUUCCAAUUUUUAGAUUUUAGUGUAAACUGCAUUGAGUUCAUUUUCCUUACUACGGAUUUUAGUAUCAAGCUUUCUUAUAUGACCGUCCAUUAUACUAUUUAGUUAGAUAAUUCUUGUAAGCUGCUCAGUGGAAUCCAACUAUUAAAGUCGUCACUAUAAAAACCCAACCAUUUUACAAGAGCUUGUUUCUUCUUAUAAUCCCUCCGAAUGAUCUUUUCAAUGCGAAAUACGUCCUAUCUUGCCGGCAGUAAUUCAGGUUCAUAAAAGCUGCCCUGUAUUUCCUCAUUGUUGGGAUCCUUUAAUCUGUAUGUGAUUGGGUUUGUGGAUUGGAUUUUAUCGAUCAGGAAUAUCUCCUCUGUCUAAUUAGGUGUGUACCCUUUAUCAAACAUAUUUCUCUUGGACUUACUUAUCCUAACUUUGUCGCCAACCUUGAAGUUGGGCUUAGAUGACAAUUGCUCCAUAUCACCAUACAGAUUAAAAUACACGGCACUUUCAUUCUUUUUCUUACUGGCUUCUAUAGGAGUCAUUUUAAUGGAACUGUGUUUGGUGUUGUUAUAUUUGCUCCAAUUUUUUUGGUCGUUUGUCAAGAUAAUGGGUAUUACCCUGGACAGUAAACUGUUUCCACAUUUAAGUUUUAAUUGUACGGUUCCAUCUUUCACACACACUAGAUUUGUCCUCAUUCUCGGUUGAGUAUAGUGUUAUAUCAUUCUUUUCCAACAGUUCCCUCAUAUUCUUGUUAUAAUAUUCUUUCCCUUUAUCGGUCCAAAGAUAUUGUGGUUUGCGGCCCUCCUUAAAGUUUGUUUUGAAUGUUUCCGUGACGGUUUCCCCUUUCUUAUCCUUCAAUGGGACAAUCCAGCCAUAUUUGGAGAACGGAUCUAGUACCAUUAAAAGAUAUCUGUAACCCUUGUUCCAUUUGCUGAACUGUUGCAUUUCACCUAGAUCUGAGCACCAAAUUUUGUCAAUACCGGUUGUAAUAACGCGCCGCCGAGUAAAGUUACGCUUUAUUGGUUUAUGUAAUUCGUCCGCCAAUUGUUGUUGCCAACUAAUAGCCGACGGCUUUUCUAGUUGAAACCAAGUCCAAGUUUCUGUUUUGUGUUUAUUAGAUUUCUAGCUAACCAGUGUCCCCAUUGUCUUUCACUAUAGGGAAUGGUGUCUAACGAUUUUACCAUUUUACGGUCAGCUUUAUUUUUACACUUUCGGUUAUCACCGCAAACACUAUAAUCAAUAUCAUGUUGUAUGGCCACAGCAUCGGUUGGCCUAGUUGGUUGAUCAUAAAUUUCUAAUAUUUCGCCAGUUUCUGGAUUGUAUUCCACUUGGUUUUUAAGAUCAUUAUAGGGCCCUGUGUAUUUGUGGCCUGGUAAGGUCCAUCCGCCUGCGGGUCUUAGUAAUUUACCAAUGGCCUUGUGGAUGUCCAAAGCCCAUCCAUCCAAAUCUUUCCUGUUUGUUUUAUAGUUUUUCUUUGGCCGUAUUUUGGUUGAUAAUUGGUCAAGAGCUUGAGAUACGACAAUCUGAAUCAUCGGAUUCAAUUUGUCCAAAGCAUAAUCUAUAGCUUUUUUCUGUAAUUUAGGGUUUCUUAGAGCCUAGGAACCAUAAUAUCUUCCCAUUUCAACUGCUUUUUUACCCAUCCAAGGAAGCCCGUGGUGGCCAAACAUGUCCAGUGCUGUACCAGCUACUGUGUCCAUUACGCCUGCCCCUAGGAAAGGCUGAUCUAGUCUCCUUUCUUUACAAAUUUAAACUUUUUCAUUCCGCAUUCAGCACAAGUGCACCAAAACAUUAGUCUACCAUUUUUGUUAGUUUUGUAACCCGAAGGUUCUACACAUUCUGUCUGUUUCUUCCGUUUAACUCAAUAAGAUUUCACCAUCAUAUACAAUAAUGUUAUAUAAUUAUUGUCUAAUCACUAUCACUACUGUCUGGAACAUAAGUAUCGUGGCUGCUGUCUGACUCAUAAUCACUCUCACUCAAGGGCUCACAGUUGCAGCAGUCAAAACAACCAUAUUGUUUUACAUAAUGUGGAGUAACUUCCUUGCAAUAAACACGGAACUUUUCUGACAUUCUAUAUAAUAGGAUUACAUAAACUUGCGAUUUAUCAUUUGAUCUGUGGAACUGAAUUUGGGGUUGUGUAUAACAUCUAAUAAUGGUUUCCCUUUUUGUCUCUCCAGAAGGUAAUAAAAGCACCAAUAAACACUGUCCCUUUCUUGUAUUUCAUCUGAUGAGUAAACCCUUUUUUUUACCGCGUGUUUUCAGAUAAUUUUUGAUCUCAUUGGGCAUAAUCGAACCGAACGGAUCAAAAUACUCACAAUAUUGUUUAUCCACACUUCUAUAACAAAUCGAGUGAUUAACUUCCCCUCGUCGAAUCGUCAAGAUUAAUUAUUCCUGUUUCCAGUUGGUGUAUUUUAUUUUGUAAAUCAUCGCGUAUGUAGAUACCUCUGAAAUAUUUUAUUCUCAGUUGUGUAACCCAUUGUCACAAAAAUUCAAUAUUCGAUAACGGUUUGUUUGUGAAUCUUACAGUAUUGUUCCUAGAAUUGGGAUUGAUUUGAAGGGAAUGUUCUUGCCGAGCAGCAGUCCCUUUCCCUUUCCUUUUUUUUAUUCCCGCACCAACUGGGUUAUUCCACGUUCCAAAAAAGGGUGGUGACAUGUAGGGAUAUGGAUUGAUCAUCCCACGGCCAUUAGUUGUACCGGGAACGUAAACUUACAUUGUAUUAGCGGAACCGGUACUGUCGGCUUGGAGACCCUUUCCUGUCAAUGCAUUUAGUAAUAGAGGGACUCCUAUACUCGCUAGUAGAGUACCAAGAAACCCGCCGCUCUGUGUUUUCGUUGGUCUGAUAACAAAUCCACUACCCGUUUGGAGAGAAUUAAGAAUAUCCUUUUUCUGACCUGCGCCAGUUGCAAGCGGUGCGAUAGCUUUUUUGGCUGAGAGAGUGGCAUGGCCAUAGGUAGCAACUUACUUCCUAAACUGAUCAAUGAUCCCAACAAACUACCACCGUGUUUAAUGGCCUUUCUGAUUUGUGUUUUUGAUAUUUUGAUAUCCGACCCUGUACCCUGACUCAUUGGUUUUCUCAAUUUAUUGAUCUGAGUUUUGUUAGCAUUAGUUCAUGUGGACCGGAUAACUCAUUUCUGGCAAGUUAAGUCUGAUUGUUAUUGCUGAAUUAUUAUUGUAAGCUCUCAAAAGCUUUUCCAAUUGUCCUUUACUAAGCGACACUCCAUAAGCGUAAUAUUUUGUCAUUACUUGUAUAUAAUAUACGUUACAUAAUUUAUGAUCUGAGUAUUAUUUUACCAUCUUUCUGAAUUAGCUCAACAUUCUUCUCCUAGAGAGUUAAUGCGUAAACAGAAUAAGCUGUUGCCGUUGUUCCAGAUAGCUCAUAUUUAAAUGUCAGUUUUGUGGUACCAUCCUCAAUGUCCAUUUUCUGUUUUGUUAGGUCGAAAUAAAUGAAUGGAAACAGGUUACUAAAAUUAGAUCUAUUGAGUAAUGACCCCCCACCGUAUUCAUUAUUUUUGUGAACAUACGUACACAUCCCUGAAGACUCUGGUUAUAUCAGUCAUGUCAGUAGUUGGUGUGUAAUGAAUCUCGGGGUAUUCGGUACCGUUUCCAACCUCUAGGAGACAAUUGGAUAACAUCCUUGGGUCAGUUGAGACCUGGAAUGUAUUAUACAAGAAUGCAUUAGCCGUCCAGACGUCAAUAUUUGCAUCAUUGAUUAUAAACACAAAAACGUGUCUGGGUUUCGUAAUACCAGUUGAUAUUCUGAAAUGCCCAGCUCUCUGCCGGCUGCUAUUUAAUCUUUUAUAUUCUCUCUCAAAUAAGUCCACUUAUGAUUCUUGAGAUAUUGGCUCAUAUAGGGUGAUUGGCCCUCACUGUUAAAGGUUAUUCGCGGAACAAACAAUUGCAUCCUGGUGAUAACUACCCUGCAAUCAGCUCCGGCCUGCCAAAUUAGAUUACCAUCUCACUCAAUCUCAAAAUUCAUCUCAACCCUUGUAUUGGGUAACAGCUCGUCCUCUAACAUUUCGAAGAAUGAGGUUCAGUGGUAUUUCAGUGUUUACUGUAGAUGAGGUAUGCAGAAGUGCUUUCCAGAGGGCAAACCCUUAUUGUAAGCUGCUCUUCUUUUGGCUAACUGAUUUGUCCCACUAACUUCAAAUUCCCGCUCUUCCGCUGGUCUGCAUGUAUCAAGGAAGAAAAACUCAUUACUUGCUGUUUUUUCAGCGUAAGCCGGACUGUGCUCAAGUAAGUUCUUAAUAUUAACACCGUGAUUUGCAUCAUUACAAUCAUACAUUUUCUUGCCAUUGAGCUUAAUAUCAAAAUGCUUCAAAAAUGAGUAUAACCCGUUUGCAAUACCAUUAUGAUCGUUUACUGCAAUGUUACCCCCAUUAGCCAGUAAGACUACUUUAAAAUAAGACUGAUACGGACAUUAUACCAGUCGAAUGGUGUAGCCUCUCCAUUGUUAUCAACAACAAACCUGUAGCCAUCCUUUUUCUGAUUGGCAUUAUUGGCGACAGUUGUACUUAGUGCUGUUUCUAGGUCAAAAAUAACAUCUUCAUAUUGUUCAACAUAUUUUGGAUCCCUAAAUGAUUUCAUAUACUAUUAGAUUUUAGUAUAUACACACUCAGUGAUCUUGGUGGUCGAUGGAUUGUUUACAACUCCCGUUUAUUCGCCUAGAAGAGACCGUUUUGUGAACUCAGCGUUUCCCGGAACAAAAAAAUAUGGCCUAACAACGAAGUUUAUUUAUGACAAACAAAUUUGAAAGCAAAUGUUUGCAGAAAUUCUACGUUUCAAGUAAACACGAGAAAGAAUACUACAUGAAAACGACGUCUUACCUCGAGGAGCCGAAUCGCCAUUUUGUCAGCACUUCAUGCGAAGAACGACACAACAAACCUUUUCGGCUAUAAACUUGGCGAGUCAACACAAAACAACAACGCUCUUCUUUUCUUCUCAGGUAAGGAAACAAUUCAAACUUUUAGCGGCUCUAUUGAAGUUAUUAUUGUUUGCGAAGUGAUAAGCUUGUGAAUUGCCAUGUUUGAAAAUUCUACAAAGAUCUAUUUUUAAACUGUCGCGUGCCUAGCUGACCUGAUCUGUCAAACAAAGCGUACUUUUUAAUGGUUUCCUCUCUGAUUUUGUUGAGAUCACUUCGUGUGUAUAUACUAAAACAAUUAUUCUUUUCAAUCUCGGUGAAAAGUGGCUUUAGGAAUAUUUACCUCGCCACUUCGUGGCUCGGUAAAUAUUUUGCCACUAUUCACCUCGAUUUCAAAGAAUAAUUGUUAAAUAUAUAUUUUCUCAUCCCGCCCCCAGACACUAAUUGAUUUACCCUCUCAUUAAUCUCAUAAUCGGUAAGCUCCUUUUGCGCAUUUUCUAUUGGUGAUGUCGCUACUGGUGUUUUUGUGUUUUUAUUCUUUUUGAUUAACAACUGAAUAAUUUUAUCGCCCGCUGACUACUUUCACAGCCUACUGGAUUCAUGUCGUAUGACUGGUGAAAAGCGACACAUAAAUUGGAAGCCUCAAGCAUGAGACGCAGCAUUUCAUCACCAGAUGAAACACCGAUAAGGGAGUUGAAAAUACGACGCGCAACGGAGAAUUUUUUACGAACUUCGAGGGGUUUCAUCUGGUGAUGAAAUACUGUGUCGAAUGGUUGAUAUUCCCUCUCAAACAAAAUGAUUUUAGAAGGAGAUAUUAAGGAUGCAAAAAUGAACAGUUUUUCAUCCGAUUUCCAAACACUCAUGAAACAUUAAUUUCCUUUGUAUUUUCUUAAUGAAUUAUUAAUGAGUUUGAAAAGUGACAUUAUCAAUUUUCAUAUAAAUAAAAAAAUAAAUAAAUAAAACUUUAAUUGCUUACACAAUUACUGGUUAGCCCAAAAGUUUACAUUGUGGGUCCAAAUUUUUCCUGAAAGUGGUCUAAAUCUAUAUAUAGCCAAUCCAGGUGGUAUUCAAACCUCGUUAGUCCACUCAGCAAGUGGGAUUUGACAACAGUUUUGUUUGAGGUAAUAUGCAAAAAUCAAACAGGCAACACAAGGUCGCGUGACUAAUAUUUUGAAUUUUCAAUAGAUCGUUUUCACUGUCACGCAAUAAACAAGGCAAAAAAAAAAAAUGAAUUGGAAACAGUCCAGUGGAAGAAGCCAAGAAAAUGAAAUGUUACAAAAGACUGAUAUAUAAAAAAUUGUCCAAGUCUCAGGUAUAUGUGGCCCUCAGUUUCUGAGUUAUUUGCCCAAAUAUUUCACGCACCAUUGUAGAGCUUUGUAUUGAGACGCCAUAUUUUUGUACAGUUUUGGUACACAAAUAUGGCUGCCGGAAAUCAACAAAAACAUCUUGAGUUCACAUUUUCUAUAAAAGCUCUUCCUUUCCACCGGAAAGCUAGCAUACGCGCGCAUAAACACAUCUUUUAAUACUUAAAAUGAUUAAACUGCUGAAAAUCAGCAGGAGAGGCUUUUUUUCAACGAGAUAGCAUUCCUGUUUUCUGUCACGCACUGUGAAAACUCGAAAGUUCAAAUUGUUGUUGUUUCGAAAUGAAACAUGCUACAGGACUGGAAACUUGUACAAGGAUUUAUUUUUUGUUUAUCUUCAACCUUGUGUAAAUGAGAAUUCGUAAAACCUCGCUAUUUUGACCUUACAAUUCGAUGACGUCACCGUGAAAACCAUCUAUUAGUUUAUGUCGCAUGACAAACGUAAUCGCCUACAACACCCAACUGGGAACACAGACGCCGAAGCAGGCAUGAUUACUACAAAAUCUGGUAGCGAGAGAAGCACGGCAAUGGACUGAAAGGAUAAAGUCGUGGUCUUAAAAAUGUCUACCAUCGAAUACAGUGAUUUGCUUGUCAAGGUAAGUCAGCGACUUAACGAACUGAAUGUAGGUCGACGAUUGUUAUGUACAGAGGGAAGGUGGCGCCUCGAAGCAAAGAACAUUUACAAGAUGUCUUCUCGUUCUUUGUUGAAUUGAAAGAGAAGGAAUUUCUAGGACUUGACAGACUGGAUGUAAUGAAGGAAGUGCUGGAAGGCUUAAAGGAAUGGUCUCUGUUAGAAAAUGUUGAAAAGUUUGAGGCCAAGAGGAAGGAAUACGAUUGUUUGCCUAGGCAGAUUAUUCGGGCACUCGACGAACUAAAUGAUGUGGAACGACUAGUCUCGAUUUGCGAAGGAGUGAUACCACAAGACAGGCAAGGCAGCAUUCACGAUGUUCGAUCAUUGUUUGAGGAACUGAAGAACAACAGUUCUCUUAGAAUUAAUCGUCUCGACGUCUUGAAGGAGAUUUUGACCCAAGCAGAGGAACAAGAAUUGCUUGAGAAAGUCAAGGAGUUCGAAAAACGAAGGAUUCUUGAAAAUAAGUUUGAGAGACGAAAAGGUGGUUAUGUUCAAGUCUUAACAGCGGGGCUCCCUCGCGCGCGAAGCGCGCGUGGGACAGAGCCCCAUACUCAUAGAAUAUGGUCAACCUCUUUUCGUUUGGUUGUCACGUGAAGUGACCAAGCGUACGUACGUACGUACGCACGCGUCUACACAUUGUACGGGUAGGGUAGGGGAGACUAUCAAAAGGAAGGGAGGGGUGUAUCAGGUGUGUCUUGGUAAACCCAUAUCUUUUAUAUUGGCCAUUUACAAUAUGGUCAAUUGACAGCUGUCAAAACGGGGAUAGCAACUGUCCAGUAUCACAUUGCCAUAUCGGGGGCUCGUGUGUCAACUCAUCCAGGUGACGUGAUUUAUUUGGAAGCUGUCCGCUGACCAGUUGUUUUACUAGCUCGCAAUCAAUGUUCAAUCUCAUACUUUCUAGCUAAAUUGAGAGCACAGGAAAACUGAUAAUGCACACAUCCAUUGGACAUCAAUGUUGUGAUCAAUUGACAGCUGUCAAAACAGGGUAUCCGCUGACCAAUCUCACUUGACCGUAUCGCGGGCUCAGGUGUCGACCCAUCGAGGUCGAGUAUUUUUUGAAGUUAUCCGCUGACAAGUUACUAGUUUUCAAAUGAUCGCAGACUCAAGUUUGAUUGUUUUUAAUUCAUAUGAAACAUGUUUUGUUUUUGUGCCGCACAAUUAAAAUUUUGAUUUAAAACUGACGUCGGGCGCGAAAAUUCAGCCAGCUAUUACAGGCAGGGAAGGCAGCUGCUUUUGACUUUGCUCACCAUGGUCACGCGUUGGUCACGCUCUACGUCCAAUUUUUACGCUCUGAUUGGUCAAAAUUUAUGCAGCAUCUUGAAUCUUGCUUACUUUGACAGCUGAAGCUGACAGAGUUUUGUGUCAACUUGUAAUGUUUUUAACUUUCUUUUUCCACUGGAUGCACAAAAUGAAAUUCAGCUGCUAUCAGGAGUCUUCUGUUAUUCAUGUCUAGUUGGUUUUUGGCUGAGAAAUUAAUACAUUACUUGUCAAAGCCGGAAAUCCGAUUUCGGAUGGCAUCUGAUGAUGAGUAUGACUGGGGACAAGAAGAUAUAAUAGCCAGGCAGCAUGAAGCAACGUUCUCAACCAAGACGGAUAAGAAACUAUUGAGUGUUUUCUACAAAGAGGAGUCUGAGAUGAAAAAUGAACUAAAAGAGCUGACAGAAAAAAUAGAAAAGUGGAAAAACGAAAGGAAGCCAUUGAUAGAGAAGUAG